AUAUGCGAACGAGUACAACAUGUCAGCGCCCUGAGACAAAUUCGAUCCUCUAUCUCUUCCUGGAGGCUGGACGCACAUUUCUUCUUUUUCAGCACACUUGGACUGCAUCAAAUAAAGUUAUUGAGACAAUGUGACAUACAGGAUCUCAUUACUUUUAAAUAUACUAGGCUACAUUAUCAUCUGAGAAUAUUCUAAGCUAAAUGAAUGAAGUGAAGUGAACGUGAAGAUCCCCGAGGAAGGCUACCCGUGCCGUGGUCCAAGACGCGACGUGCAUGAAUUGGCAUCAUGGAGAUAUGUGCUAGAUGUACUCUGAGAUUUCAUAAACUAAUGUGCUACACAAGAUAUUACCCAAUCAGUUUCAUGAGCACAAGGCCAAGUCCUGACAUCCCAGUUAUCAGGAUCCCCAAGGCCUUACAGAAGAAAGUCCAGACCAUUCAAAAGAGCCAAAAGAAAGGUCCAAUCAAGUGGAAGGGUAGGAUCUUCACUGCUAGGCCUGGUACAGAGAUCAUCUCAUCCAAGAGAAAGGAGCACAACCACUAUCUUAACCAGACCUACCAGAAGCUCUCUCCUCCCAAGCUUGCAUCUCAGGGUUGGAAGUCCAGUAAAUCCAGGGGGGAUUACUUUAACAUUCUAGCCUACAAAGGGAAUCCAUCGAUCACCAAGACACAAGAAAAUGAAGCAGAGACUGCGGAUAAGAAACCCAAAACUUUUCAAGACCUGAAACUGGAUCCUUCUGUCAUUAGAGGAUUAGAUUUUAUGGAUAUCAGUACACCUACAAAUAUACAGUUGUCUGCAAUACCUAGUAUCCUGCAGGGAAAGAACACUCUGUGUGCUGCAGAGACUGGUAGCGGGAAGACCUUGACUUACCUACUUCCGUUGAUACAGAGGUUGCUUGAUGAAUCAAAAUUGACAGGCACAUCUACAGCUGCGGAGACUGGUCUGCCUAGGAGUGUGGUGCUUUUGCCUGUCGGUGAACUUGUCCAUCAGGUUCUGGAGGUUUGUAAGAUUCUUGCCGAGUCUACUGGUUUAUCAGUUCAAUACUUUGACGGGGAGACAAGCUUGAAAAACCUGGAAAAAAGACUGAGUUCAUCCACUGACAUUGUCAUUUCAACACCUGGACCCAUUAUAAAUGCUGUGAGACAAGGUUAUGGCAACUUGAACUGUGUAUCUCAUGUGGUAAUAGAUGAAUCGGACACUAUGCUUGAUGAUAGCUUUAUUCAACAAACCCUCAAGAUUUUAAAACGGAUUAAUAUUGGAGAAGGAAAGGCAUGUAAAGUAACAGCCCCAGGUGAAGCCCAGCUGACAAUGGUAGGAGCAACCAUGCCAAGGAAAGCUACAAACAUCCUUGCUGACAUCAUCCCACCUGAGAAUCUUGAGGUGAUUUCUAGCCCUCAUCUUCAUCGUAUAAUGCCUCAUGUUCAUCAGAAGUUUCUUAGGCUACACUCACAGGAUAAAGCAGUCAAGAUCCUUGAGCUAGUAAAGAGAGAACAGAAGAGUCGUGUUUCCAGUACCAUGGUAUUCUGUAAUACAGCAUCGACCUGUGAUUGGUUAGCUCACUUUCUUACUGAAAAUGGCGUUCCAGCUCUUAGAUUACAUUCUAAAAUGGGUGGCAAGUCUCGUAGUGGAAUAAUGAAGGCCUUCAAAGCAGGUGAAAGUAACAUCCUGGUCUGUUCUGAUAUUGCAUCCAGAGGAGUAGAUACAGUAGAGGUGCAGCAUGUGGUAAACUUUGAUUUCCCUCCGUUCAUGUCUGACUACAUCCAUCGAGCAGGGAGGGUGGGGCGUGUCGGCAGCCAAGGGAGCGGUCAUGUGACUAACUUUGUGGUACACAAGUGGGAUGUGGAGCUGGUCAAUAAGAUUGAGAGAGCUGUAAGGAUCAGGGAGGAUCUUCCCAGAGUGGAUGCAAACAUAAAACAGAAGCAUAACAAGAGGGUGAUAGACCAGGACCUACAGGAUGUAGAACAAGCUCUGAAAGGCUGAGGAUAGUCCAGUAACAAGCCCAGUAAAGAUCUGUAUGAUCCACAUUCACUGUGAGAAACCAAAUCAGAUGGUCAAGGCCAAGUUUUUUGGGGCAUCCAAUCUUGAGGUCUACACUACAGUCUCAAGAAAGAUCUGUCUGGUUUUGUACUGGCUCCUGUAUGAGAUGGUCUCAAGAUUUUGCAGGAAGGAGGCAAAUUGUCAAUUUGCAUGUAUACAGAAAAUCAAGACUGAGAAAGAAAAUGAUGUACCAUGUAUAUGAUAUAUUUUGGCAAGGACAAGUUGUCAUUUGUUCAGACUGUAUUUGGCAAUACCAUUUAAAUAUUAUAAUCAUCGAGUGGUAAUAGCCAAUUAUUUGUUGCAUGCAUGGUUAGUUCAAAUCUCUGAACGAAACCAGUCCGAAUUGCUCUCUCAUAUCCAGAAUCUAUUGAAACCUAUGUGAUAUGGGACCCUGACUUCAAUCACCCCCCCCCCCAUAAAAAAAUUAAAUCCUAUUUUGCGACUGUGAUUUGAAAUAAAACCACUCUGUAAUGAUUUUUAAUUCCCCUUCUCAUUAUGAAACUUCACAUUAUAAUAUCUGGCACAGCUUUGGUUUUGUGUCACCUCAUAUCCCAUCAACUACAUUAUGUCACAAAUUGCCAUUGAGCUUUAAUAGGCACUAUACCAAACACCAGAGCCGUGUUUUUCACUCCAGAAUUCUGCAACUGUCUUUUCAUUGCUGUGACAUUCACCAAAGACAAAACAAUUGAGGAAUGUGGGAGAGAUGUGACUCCUGAUCAAAGAUAUAGCAGUGUUUUGUUAUGGUGCCUUGAUUGCUAAGCCAUGUCAUACCAUGUCUGAACUAGCCUUAUUCCAAUGAUGAUGGAAUGUUCCUUUGUUUAUGCAUACAUGUAUCAUCCAACUUUUGUUAAUUGGGAGCUUUAUUUGUCUCAUUCAUGAUGUGGAGUCUUUUGAUUUGGAGAAAUCAGGGUUAUUUUUUACAUGAAUAAGGGGAAGAUUCUGUGUCAUGGGCUAGGUUAUGAAAUCUGUAGCUCCCUUAAUAGGCUAAUGGAGAGAAUGGAAAAUACAUAUUUUUACAUGAUGUAUGCUGCAUUGAAUAAAAUAUAUCUAUAUUACAAUGGAAGGCAUAAGGUGUUUAUAUUUUUGUCUCAAUGACCUGUUAUAAUUUCAUCCAUGUUCUUUGGCUCACAGGACAAAAGUAAUGUCUAGCACCAAUUUGAUGGAAAUUUGAUUUAUUUACAGGACACCAUACAAGUUUCAUUCUCAGAUUUACAAUAUGUUCCAUCUUUAAUAUUUUGUAAAACUAAGAAGAAUGGGAACAUGAACUGAUUGACCAUCCAUGCUUAAAAAAAACAUGCCAUACAUAUAUGGUAUAAAAAUGAAGUGCUUAAAUAAAUCAAGUUCAAAGAAUUAUCAUGUCCUUUAUCCUUUAAUUAUAAGAAAUGUGUGUACAGUAUAGAUGAUGUUUCCCUCAUAGACUACUGAGUUAUAUGCAAGGUACCACAGAAUAGGGUUCCCCGCUUUUUAAGAAAACAGGAUUCCCUGAUUUUUCCCUGAUGAAGUUUGAAAAUUCCCUGAUAAUUAAUUAAACCCAUUCCCAAUUUUGCAUGUUUU